UUUAUUUUUCCCCUUAAAACUUCUCUUAUUGAACCCAUAAAAAUCCAUCUAAACCACAAGGAAAAAAAGGGGAAAAAGAUUUUUUUUAAUCAAUUCCCCCCUUUCUUGAAUCUACUGACAUAUUAGACGUAAUAUCAAGAAUUCAACAAUGGAGUGGCGUCCGUUUGAUGUCACUGUGAUCUCCGCCCAAGGCAUAAAAAAUGUCAAUUACUUCUCCACAAUGGAUGUUUACGUUGAAGUUUCAAUCGUAGGUUAUGCCAAGAACACGAAGAGAACGUUUAUUGACAAAAGAGGUGGCACAAGUCCUAAAUGGAAUCACCCCAUGAAAUUCACAUUAGACGAGCCUUCUCUCACAAAACCUGGCCUUUCCCUCUAUUUUCGCCUCAGAUCCGAUCGUCUUUUUGGCGAUAAGGAUAUUGGCAUUGUCUCUAUUCCUAUAAAUGAAAUCUUCGGCCAAUCUGCCUCUGGCCCUGAUGGCAGUGCUGAGAGAAUUGUGGAGUAUCAAGUUUUUACACCAAUUUCUGGUAGACCUAGAGGAACCCUCAAGUUUUCAUAUAAAUUUGGAAAGAAAUAUGGACAACCUUCAGAGCCAAUGUUCAAAAAUGCCAAUCAACCUAAUGGUAUGUAUAACGAAAACAAGCAUGGUGAUGUGCCCGUCACGGCUUAUCCAUAUUCUCAAACAGGAUCUAAUAAUGUUCCACCUGGCAUGGGGUAUGGAAUGUCGAACAUGGCGUAUCAACAACCGGUAGGAUAUCCUCCUACUGGUUACAACGGUCAGCAACCAACAGGAUAUCCUCCUGCUGGUCAGAAUGGUGGAUAUCCACCAGCUGGAUAUUCACCCUCUGGAUAUGGAUAUCCUCCUCAACAACAGCAACAAAGUUACGGAGGAGGAUAUCCACAGGUGCAACAAGUACAAAAGCCACAGAAAAAGAGCAAUUUUGGAGGGAUGGGAGCAGGAGUAGGAUUGGGUUUGGCUGGAGGGUUGCUUGGUGGUAUGUUGGUCGGUGAAAUGGCUUCUGAUGUUGGAGAGAUGGAUGCCUAUGAUCAAGGAUAUGAUGAUGCCAUGGACGAUAUGGAUUUUUAAAUGAGAUUUUUGUAUUUUGACAUUUUCUUUUGUUUAUUGGAUAUAAAUCAAAUUGGUAUUUGAUUAACUACAUUAUCAUCUUUUCAUUG